AGAUAAGAUAGAUUUUCUCAUUUUUGAUAAGGCUAUAAUAUUAAAUGAAUUCUAUAGAUUAUUUUGAGUGAUAAAUACUGCAGUUACUUUUGAUAACUUGAAUUUUAUGUAGUUAUUUCAGUGGAGCGUAUUUUGAAAAAACCAUGCUUGUAUCACUUUUAUUUCUGACGUUUUUCCUUGCAAUUGCAAGCCCCCAAAAAAAUCCUCACUUUGUGGAUAAUCAUUCUACAAUUGUCCAUCUGUUCGAAUGGAAAUGGAAAGAUAUUGCACAAGAAUGUGAGAACUUUCUUGCCCCUCAUGGUUAUGCAGGUGUUCAGAUCUCGCCACCCAAUGAGAAUCUGAUACUGAAUUCUAGGCCUUGGUUUGAAAGAUAUCAACCUGUAAGUUAUAAUUUGAACACAAGAUCUGGAAAUGAAAAAGAUCUGGAAGAAAUGUCGAGAAGAUGUAAUAAAGUAGGAGUAAGAAUAUAUGCAGACAUUGUGUUCAAUCACAUGACUGGAGGAGAUGGAUAUGGCACUGCUGGCAAUAGAGGAGAAUCUUCCAAUGAUAAUUACCCUGGAGUACCAUAUUCUAGAGAGCAUUUUCAUCCACCCUGCGCAAUCGAUAACUACCAGGAUGCUUAUGUCGUAAGGAAUUGUGAACUUGUGGGACUGAGAGAUUUGAAUCAGACACAAGAAUAUGUGAGGGAAAAAAUUGUUGGUUUCUUGAACAAUUUGAUCGACCUGGGUUUGGCAGGAUUCAGAAUCGAUGCAGCAAAACAUAUGUUACCUGAGGACUUGAGUAUAAUCUUUGGAAGACUCAAGGAUCUUAACACAGACUACGGGUUUGCUCCAGGUUCUAGAGCCUUUAUUUAUCAAGAAGUUCCUGGACACGGUGGCGAAGCUAUCUCAAGAGAAGAUUAUACCGGAGUUGGAAGAAUAUUGGAAUUCUGGCAUGGUAACCGACUGGGCACCGUCUUUAGAAAGAACGACAAGUUGAUGUAUCUUUCCAACUGGGGAACAGAAUGGGGUCUUCUACAAGGAAGUGAUACUGUAGUUUUCAUCGACAACCACGAUACUCAAAGAAGUGACGCUACCACUUUAACAUACAAGGACUCGAAGCUGUACAAAAUGGCUUCAGCAUUCAUGUUGGCUCAUCCAUAUGAAGGAGUAGGAAGGGUGAUGUCCAGCUUUGAUUUCGUGGAUACCAACACUCCACCACCACAAGACUCUAAUGGUAACUUGAUAUCACCAGGGUUCAACAGUGACAACACUUGUACUAAUGGUUAUAUAUGCGAACAUAGGUGGAGAGAAAUUUAUGCCAUGGUCAAAUUCAGGAAUGUAGUUGAAGGAACUGGAAUAAACGACUGGCAAACUCUAGCAGAUCAACAGGUUGCUUUCUGUAGAGGAAACAAAGGCUUCAUUGUUUUCAAUAACGAGGGCAAUAUCGAUAGAACAGUUCAUGCUUGUGUUCCUCCAGGAGAAUAUUGUGAUGUCAUAUCAGGGGACCUCGUCAAUGGAAAAUGUACUGGAAGAGUUGUUGUUGUUGAUCAGAAUUGCGACACCCACAUAUCUUUGUAUGAGAGUGAAAUGGAUGGUGUUAUUGCAAUUCACCAAGAUUCGAAGAUUAACUAGAUUGAAUCAACUCGAUGUGAAUAAUAUAUUUCAUUUAUAACAAAAAAAUACAUUUUU